UUUACUGGGUUUGUCCCAGUGCUAAAGAUGGCCUCGUGAAGUGAAAAAUCGAAAAGUGAAUCGAUUGUGUAUGUUAUCACUGGUUUUUCAAUUAAUUUCGGGUCUGAUACUGUUGCUAUUCUGUGUACACUACAUUUACUACAUCAUCGCCUUCCUCAUCACUGAUGAUAUGCAGUCUGAGGAUGCUAAAUACAUAAAAAAACGCUGGAAGGGCGGCAGCAUCGAGCCCCAUCCUACGGAAAAGGCCAUUAUUGUUCAUUACAAGCUCGAGGCUGCGGUCUUUGCGGAGCCCGGAGAUCCUAUGCUAGAGGAAAAGAAGGAUUGCCAGCGAGUAAUCCGUCUGAAGAACCUCAGUGCAAAAACCGAUCCAGCCACUCUUGCCCGGGAAGUGGUUGAAAAGUGCGAUCUCAUCCACAAUUCUCAACUGUCGGACGUCGAGCAGAUCAUCUACUACCUGAAGAAUCGGCGGGAUAACAUCAGCAACGAUAUGGACAACCAGAGAGCUCAGUCGAGAAUAGCCACAGAAAAGGGAUCGAUGGUGUCUUCGGCUGAGCUCGAGAAGGCCUCCAUUCGUGUGAUUGAUACGUACGUAGAGUUGCUUUAUGAUGAAUUGCCUGAUAAAAUUAGAGGAUCGGCUUUGAUUUUGCAAUUAGCCCGAAAUCCAGAUAACCUUGAAGAGUUGGAGAAGAAUGAGGCGGUCCUGUGUGCACUCUCGCGUGUCCUUCGUGAGGACUGGCGAAAGAGUCUCGAUCUCUCCACAAAUAUCGUCUAUAUCUUCUUUUGUUUUUCCACCUACACUCACUUUCAUCCGGUGAUUGUCAAUCAUAAGAUUGGAUCGCUGUGUAUGGAUGUGAUUGACUAUGAGCUUAAGAGGUAUGAACAGAUGAAGAAUGACCUUGAGAUGAGGAGGAAUCCGGAUGGUAAACCGGAGAAACAAGUAGUGACACAGCAGAGCACAGAAUCUGCCGAUAUGAUUGACAUUAUGAAUGAGGAAAAGCCAAAGGACAUGGAACCGCCAAGAAGGAGGAUUCCAGAAUUGAAACAGCGUCCAAAGUCAGGAAACUGGUCGAGUUUCCAUGGAUCGCUGUCUUCUGUGAAUCCUCUGGUCAAAUCACGCGCCAUGAAUAACAGUUACCAUGAAUUCCUCAGCAAUGAAGUUGAAUGUGGUGUAAAGGCGGAAAAAGACGCCAAAACGCAAAAAGAAGAGUAUGAAAAACUUAACAAACAACUGCGUAUCUUUGCAAAGAAGCAAGAACAGUUACUACGAGUUGCCUUCUAUCUUCUUCUCAAUAUUGCAGAAAAUGUAAAGUUGGAAGAGAAGAUGCGCAAGAAGAUGAUUAUUAGGAUGUUGGUGAAGGUGCUUGAGAGGCAAAAUAUUGAUCUUCUGAUACUCGUUGUCACAUUCCUCAAGAAAUUGUCCAUUGUGAAGGACAACAAGGAUGAAAUGUAUGAGAUGAAUGUUGUUGAGAAGCUACCACGAUUGCUUCAGAGUACACAUCCUGAUCUCAUUCAGGUCACCCUUAAACUCAUUUUCAAUUUGUCUUUUGAUGGACCUCUGAGGGGGAAAAUGAUUCGUGUGGGAUUCCUGCCGAAGCUAGUGACUUUUUUAAGUGACGAUAAACAUCAUGAUAUCGUCCUCAAAAUUCUCUAUCACAUGAGCAUGGAUGACAAGGUGAAAUCAAUGUUCACGUACACAGAUUGCGUGCCUCUCAUUACGGACAUGCUGCUUCUGAAUCUCAAUCAGAAGUCGGACAUGGAUUUAAUAGCACUGGCUAUAAAUCUGGCUCUGAAUAAGCGAAAUGCCCAGAUAAUGAUUGAGAACAAUCGUCUGCACAAUUUAAUGGUGAGAGCAUUUAAGUAUCAAGAUGCUCUGCUCAUGAAGAUGAUACGAAAUAUUUCCCAUCAUGAGAAUUUACGGAUUCAUUUUGUGGAUUUUGUGGGGGAUCUGGCUAAGAUUCUGACAGAAUGCGAUGAUGAGGCCUUUGUGGUGGAAUGUUUGGGUAUUAUGGGAAAUUUAGCGCUGCCAGAUCUCGAUUAUUCCCAAAUACUGCACAAUUUCAAUCUGAUACAGUGGAUAAGGCAGGUAUUGGUGCCGGGAAAGAUGCAGGAUGAUAUUGUGCUGGACACUAUUGUCUUCCUGGGCACUUGUGCAUGUGAUGAAUCUUGUGCGAUGUUUCUCUGCAAAGCAGAUGUCAUCCUAUCUCUCAUUGAGCUGCUGAAGGCUAAGCAGGAAGAUGAUGAGAUUGUCUUGCAGAUUGUCUUUGUGUUUCAGCAGAUUUUGAGGAAUGAGAGCACGAGGAAUUACAUGAUUCGCGAAACGGAGUCACCGGCAUAUCUCAUUGACUUGAUGCAUGACAAGAAUACAGAGAUACGCAAAGUUUGUGACAAUUGCCUAGAUAUUAUUGCUUUCAGUGAUUCCGAUUGGGCAUCCAGGAUUAAGCUGGAAAAGUUUCGCAAUCACAAUGCUCAGUGGUUGACAAUGGUGGAGACGCAGCAGGAUCAUGAGGAUAGUCAGGACUUUGGGAAUGUUGAUGAUGUGGACCUUCAGUCCUUCAUACCAUCAGAGUAUUUAGAUCAGUGUCGUCUCUAUCAAUCUGGGGAAUCAAAUGAUGAUUCAGAGAGCAACUACCGAGCCACUUCGGUUAAUUCCAAUGGCAGUCGACCCCUCAGUAGUCACGACGAAGACUUUGAGGGGAAGACUGGAAAGGCAGAUGAUGCCAAAUUUCCCCAGGACACCAGCAUGAAGGAGCUGGAGCUGGAUGGCGAGGAGGAGCCACUACUGCUUGCCUAAAAGCUUACGUGUCUAUGCCUGCAAAUGAGACAGAAAUUGCGAAAAACCUGGUAGUUCAGCGCAAUUUAUUCACUUUCUAGUCCUUGUGUUGUGAUAAAUGAUACUUUUGUCGAUACAAUUUAGUUUUGUAGAUUUUUUUUCUUUUUUUUUUUUUUGUUAUCACAGAUUUAACUUUAUUUUUGUUAUAUUAUAUUACCUUUUUUCUAUCGCAAUUGAUGCUUGUCUAAUGUCAAACAAUUAUACAAUAUUAAUAAAUUAACUUGAGAUUUCGGUAAUCAUCAAAA